GCCUCCGGGCCAGCGGCUGGGCUCACAUCCAGCGGCCAAUGCUUGCGGCUCGGCAGAGGCACCUAAGAACACUGACGGCUUGACAGAUCCGGGAGCAGGGCCCAUGGACACCUUCAGCACGAAGAGCCUGGCCCUGCAGGCCCAGAAGAAAGUCCUCAGCAAGAUGGCUUCCAAGACCAUGGUGGCUGUGUUUGUGGACAACACCAGCAGUGAGGUCUUGGAUGAACUGUACCAGGCCACUAAGGAGUUCACCCGCAGCCGGAAGGAGGCGCAGAGGGUCGUGAAGAACCUGGUGAAGGUGGCCGUGAAGCUGGCAGUGUUGCUGCGGGCCGACCAGCUGGACGGUCAUGAGCUGGCCCAGCUGCAGCGCUUCCGGGGCCGCGUCCGCAGCCUGGCCAUGACAGCCCUUAGUUUCCACCAGGUAGACUUCACCUUUGACCGGCGUGUGCUGGCCGCUGGGCUGCUGGAGUGCAGGGACCUGCUGCACCAGGCCGUCGGCCCGCACCUCACCGCCAAGUCCCACGGCCGCAUCAACCACGUCUUCAGUCACUUUGCCAAUGCUGACUUCCUGGCCGCAUUGUACAGCCCAGCAGAGCCCUACCGGAGCCAUCUGUGUCGCAUCUGUGAUGGCCUUGGGAGGAUGUUGGACGAGGGUGGCAUCUGACCUGGAGUCAGCCACCUGGAGACCAUCCUCCACUGGUGACUGUCCCCAAGAACGCAGAACUGCCUGUGCUGAGACAGGGUGUCCUCUGUUUCCCCUGCUUCUGUCACUUAUCUGCUGUGUCUCCCCACCUUCUCUUCUUACUUCUGAGACAGGUCUCAUGUAGCCCAGGCUGACCCCAAACUCCCUAUGUAGCCAAGGCUGACCUUGACCUCCUGAGCCUCCUGUUCCCACCUCCGAGAGUGCUGGACGAUAGGUGUGUGCCAACACCCCACUGUCUGGGCAUUCUCAGUCUUUCAAAUAAGGUUGUGGAGAAUUGGGAGAUAAGAAUUGUACUCCCCUCACCCCUACCCCUGCCAAAUGAUUAUAUUUGUUUCCUUAGUCUCAGGUCCUUCCAAGGUGACUUGCUUUAGAAAAUGGAGUUCAAACUCUUGUUGAGACUAGCGUUGAACAAGUACCAGACUCUGUAACAGGCUGUAUACAUAGGCUGGCCCAGGAAGACUUAUUCUGCCGAUGCUGCAGGGCACUGGGCACUGAGGAGUCCUGCUGCUGCAAGCCAGGGACACCAGCAGACAGAUGCUGGGCGCAGGACCAUGGCUUCUCUCAAUGGUUUUGAGAGGAGAGACUCCAAGCACACUUCGGUGUUGGGAUUUGAGAUCCUGGUGGGGGAACUGCACCCUGGCGUUGAAGAAAAGAAAUAGAGCCGGGGAGAUGGCUCAGCGUGUAGGAGUGCUUGCCACCAAGCCAGAUAACUGGAGUGUCCCAAAAUCUCUGUGGUGGAAGAAAACGUGUUAGAAAGCUGGCCUCUGACCUCCGUGUGGACACGCCUACACAGAUGCACCGCGGGGGCUUGGAAACACGAAGGGGUCCUGAACACUCAGCAAGGAGGCGCAAAUCCGGGUUGAAAUUUAGGGUCUUCACUGAGAGAUAGUACAGGACUUGCUGUCAAGCAUGGGGACCCCAGAGGCUGUCCCCAGCUUUAGACCAGGGUAAAGCCCCUGGAGACACAGUCUGUGUUACAUUAUAAUUCCAUAUUUGGGAAACAAAUCCAUCUGUUCUC